UGAAUUCAGUCAGCUGCUUGAAUCGAAGGUUACGGCAUGCUGAUAAGGUGUCUAGUGGGACGUUUACAUAUUUUUUUUUCAAAAUAACAUAAAACCCAUUGAGUAUGGAUUAAUGAAUAAAAGGGGUAUUCGCGUUUCAUAGUCAUGGCUGAUCUCCGGAUUCUUUUGCCAGCAGUGUUUUUCUUCCUUAUUUCAGACCAUGCUUUCGGUAUCACGUUGUCCGACUACAAAAUAUGUGGAGAUCCGGAAUGUGAACGUCCCAUGAGUCGUGUGCAGGCAACCGAAUACCAUAAAGGACAGGAUUGCAGAUUUCUGAAUUUCAGAAGGGGAGAUGUAAUAUUUGUAUAUCACAAACUUUCUGGGAAAAGGGAUGAUUUGUGGGCAGGGGCUAUUGACAAGACAUUUGGGUAUUUCCUUAAAGAAGCUGUGGAAAUUGAGGAAAUUUAUACACAAAAGGAAAUUAGAACACAAACACAGGAACAAGAUUUCUUUUGCAUGGAUGAAUAUGGUACGAUCACAGAGAGUGAUUCAAGACAGUUGGACAAUCAUGUAAAUCAAAAUGAAGAUGAAGGGGCCCCUGAGAAUGUUGAACAGCAUCAAAAAGAAAGUAAAUCCACAAAGGAGCCUCCAAGUGCAACCGAGAAAAAUGAAUUCACAAAGAAAGGAGAAGACACUCAGACUUUAGUGCAAGUUAACCGUGAUAAUGCUAAACAAAAGUCAGCUGAGCAAGGUGGGUCUUACUGGAUUGGAUCUCGAGUUACUGGAUGGCUUGGUUUGGGAGAUCAAAGUGAUGAUGGUUCACAAGAACAAACAGGGGAACAAAAUUCCUUCAGGAGCAGGAAACUUUCUUUGGAUAUAGAUGGGAAUCAUUUAGGAAAGGGGCCACCACCAGAAGCAUCUGGCUGGCUUGAGGGAGGACUGACAAACAUUUUUGGAUUUGGUCAAAGAAUUCCAGAGGUUAAUAUUGAGGAAACAAAUGAAAGGGACACAUUAACAUAUCAGAACACUGACCAAUCUUCAAUGGGGACUCAAAAUGUUGAAGAAGCAGGAAUAAAAGAUCAGGAUGAGCCUGUGUAUGUCAGUUCAUGGCUAAACAUUGGUAUUAGUGAUGUUCUGAGUUUCGGUAAGGGAAAUGGUGAGGCAACAGGAGAAAACAGACAUUCAGAUACAAGUGCAGAUGAGAAGCUAGACACAGAUAAUGAGAACACAGCCAGGAUACAUUCUACUCUCUCUCAGGUGGGGGUGGAUCAAGAUGAGAAAUCAGAGGAGGCCAAAGAGGAAACUAGCAAGAGAGAGGAAAAUAUAGACAUCCAACCUGUUAGCUCUCACAUCGAUGGCAUCAAUGAAAAGGGAGAAGUCUAUAGUAGUAUUUCUGAAGAAAAGAUAAAUGAAGACAACAGUGAUAAAAAUGAUGAAAGGACUGGUUGGUAUAGCAGUGUAUAUAACAGUAUUUCAAGCUUUUACAAUAAAAAACCUGAAGUUGAAAAUGGAGGCGCUAUUACACCUGAGCAUUCUCAAGGGACAGUUAGCCAUAAGCCAGGUUCAGAUGAAGAGGAGAAAGGAAUAUACGAUGAAUCUGGAAAAGGGAUGAAAUCAAUGUUUUCUACUGAUGGCAUUUCAUCCAUGUUUAGUAGGUUAACAUUAAGGGAUCAGCCAGAUAUUAACAAAGAUGCCCAAAAUAAUAAAGACUCGGCAGCAGAGUUGACAAAUGAAGACAGGGAGGCCUUAUUAGAAGCCCAAACCAAUACUAUUGAUGAAUCUAUAGAUGGUAGUAGAGCAGACAAUGUUGAUGACAGCACUGAUAAUUUUGAGCAACAGCCUUCCAUCAAACUAGGUGUGGAUAAUACUGCAAAUAUGUACAAAAUAGAACCAAUGUCAGAGCAGAAGCUAACAAAUGAGGAAAUAACAUUGGAUAAUAAAACUAUUGACCUUCAACAGAAUUCAAAGGAGUAUUCUGUAGAAUCUGAUUAUCCUGACAGGGGAAAACAAACAUUGAACAAUAACAUUGAAACAGAGCAGGAAAACACAGAAAGCAAUGAUAUUGAAUUUACAGUUCAGGUACAGCCAUCAGACAUCAAUGGACAACUACAAGAUAAUAGAGAAAAAAGUAAUAGUUUACAGACAGAGACGGAACUAAUCCACUUACCAGAAAAACUCAAUACUGAUGACAAAAAUGUUGAAAACAUGCUUCCGAUAUUGGACAAACUAUCAAGUGAACAAGACAGUUCAGACAUUUUUGACAUUCCUCUAAAUGUGACUGACACUUCAGGAAAUGUCACAGACCAAGCAGUCAUUCAUCGCUCUAGUGGUGCUGUAGGUAUGGGAAGUACGGGAACACCUAAUCAAACUGCAUCUGCACAGAGUUUAACUGAAGAGAAAAUGUCAGCUGCGGAGCCUACUGAAACAACAGAUGUAGAUAAUGCUGGAGAGACUUCCAAAUUGGACAGUGAAACGAAGCCUGAAGAGUACAAAGUGGAUCGGACUGAAGAUCAUAGUAGAGAGAAUACCCAGAGCCUUACAACAGAUCGUAUCAGACACAGGAUUUCAGCACUUGACAUUGACCGGAUGCAUACACCCAGCUCUACAAAGACUUCACUGCACAACCAAGUAGAGAAGCCUGACUUUGAUGAGGUAGAUGUCCAGCAUCCGCACACAGAUGAAACUCCACAAAAUACUGUCACAGAGGAAGGCAAACUUGAAAAAAGCUUGAAUAUGAUUAUUUAUAAAAAUGUGGAUGAGGACAUUUCAACAGAUGAAUCAUUACAAAUACAAGAGGACCAAGAAAACACUGGUAUUUUCAAUACAGAUAUCACUGUUUUAAAAGAAGAGCGACAAGAACAAAAAUAUGCGCCUGCAACAGUCCACAUUGAGGGAUGUAAAGCUAGUAGCAAUACUGAAAAUGAAGAAAACACAUUUACUCCCACAGGCUAUAAUGUGGAAAAUGAUUCUGAAAUGGAUGUACUUGGUGAUCUGCAAUUAAGAAGUUCAAACGGACAAAACAUACAAACCAAUCAGGAAUCACUAGACACAAAGCUUGAUCCUCCAUCUCCCAAUGUAUAUAAAUCUAAUGAAUUUAAUGAAAAUGAAGAAUCUAGGCAAAGGAAUAAAACGCCAAACGAUGAACAGCAGAAUAUAACUGAUGGUAAUGUGGUUAACAGUGGUCCAGGUGUUCAAGAUCUUGAAGAACUAGAACAUUCUUCUACACUGAUUCAGCAGGAUUCUGGAACAAAAACCAAGAGCACUUCAAGACCAAAAGAUUUUUCCCAGUCUGACCCCAGUUAUUUGCCUGGAACAACUGCUGAGGGUGUGUUGAAACAGACUGGGCAACAAAGAGACAUUCAUUUGAAGGGAAUACAAUCACAUGCUGACAUUCAGUUUGUGGAUGGGAAUUCUGAACAGACAGACCCUCAAAAUCUCAAAGAAAACAAUGAACAUCAAUUGUUGCCAUGCCACCAUAGUCAAACAGAAACCUGUGUCAAUUUUGUUGAUGGAGAGACAUCGUCUGAACAGGUGAAAAAUGAAGUGCCAAGAGAGACAGUGCACGCUGAUCAAGGAGAAGCAGAAAGCCUAGAUAGAGAGGGGGGUUCCUUUCUGACUGAAUAUCAACUUGGUGAAAAUAACUCUAACGGGAAAAGCUUUGAGCCGUUAACCUCAGAAACAGAGCCAUCUACUAAUGUUGUUGAAGAUGAAACUGUUCCGCAAGCAGAGAACUCAGUAAUUAAUUAUGCAGAUAGUGAAAACCAGGCAAAGACAUUUGCUCAUAAAAUAAAUAGGGGUGGCAACAAUCAGAUAAAUCUUAACCAACAGACUGAUGAAGUAAAUGGCAAAGCAGCAUCAGAAAAAUGUGAACCACUGUCAGAAAUGAAUGGUGAUGUGGUACAAGAGCCAUCAGAUAAAAAUGAAGGAGAUAUUAGAGAUAGUACAUUUAUUUCUGACAAAGAGGAGGAAGUUAGUACAAUCUCCCACAGCAAAUCUCAUGAAAGUAAUUUUGCAAUAACAGAUAAAAACAAUAUAGCAUAUUUAGUCAAAGACUCACAUGAAGUCCCUGCGAAAACUACAACCAAACACACAGGAGAGUCCUUGAAAAAGAACAUGGACAUUGAAGAUAUUUCACAAACAACACAAGAUCGAGAUGAAAUGCUUUUUGACCCACCAGUCCUUGGUACUGACGUGCAGUCACAAUCUAUCCAUUCCACCCAGGAAGCUAUCAAAGCCACCCAGGUUUUUAAAGAAUAUAAGAACAUGCAAGUACACUUGAAUGCUGAAGAUGUACAAUAUUUUCUGGAUGUAUUUGGGAAGCAUAAGUUACUGUGGCUUGAUUACUGUCUGGGUAAUACUGAAAUUGAGGAAGAAGUGCAAAAUAAUGAUAACAACCUGGCUAUAUUGUCAGAUUUUGAACGGAUUCUGAAAUAUCACAGUGAAAUAAUUUCUACUUCUACAAAAAGCACACAAAAUGACAGAAAUAUGAAGGAAGAAGAUAUUCAUAAUAAAAACAUAUCCCUCAAAAAACUAGAGAUCCUCUUAUCUACCCUAAGAGGUAGAUAUACCCUGGCAAAACCAGCUGUCGCUAUAAAUGUGAUCCAAGAUGUGGGCAAACCAGAGUGCACCACCACCAAUUGCUUCAGUGCUGAGAAAAAUGAACAUACCAAGCGAGACAAUGAGGCAGUUCCGGGAGUGAGAGAUGAUUCUGAGGAGACAGACUGGAGGACUGGGCAUACCAUAGAAGGAGCUAUCCUCAACAUCAAAACAGGUGCUCAGUCCACUAAAAAAAAUAAUGGUCCAGGUGUUACUGAAGUCAGUGGAACACUGUUUACUUUUUCUGGCCAGCUCACCUUUACAAUAUUGGAGAAGGUUUUGUUUAUUUACUCCCUUUUAAAAUGGCUCAUCACAGAGGUGGUGUCAUCACUUCCUGAUGACAUAAAACCAGGGCCUGACCUGUAUGGGUUGCCAUGGGAAGCAGUGAUUGUUACCUUCUUACUUGGGCUAAUAACCAUACUUGUGUUCAUCUGCAGAUUCUACCAGUCCAUUACAAGCCGGCUGUAUGUUGGCAAAGAAAGGAAACUUGGGCAAAAGGUGGCAGAAUUACUUGAUGAAAAAUGCAAAGUCCUUGAAACCUUAAGCGAGUGUAAGCAUAAGUAUGAGGAACUGGAAGCUGCCUUGCAGAAUGGUGGAGUUUCGUCUCAUGCUUUGGAAAGGGACAACCUGGAGGUUAUGUCCAAAAAUCUUGAGCAGUCCAAUGCACAGCUGAAAAGUGACAUUGAACAGCUAAAGCAAGAUUUAAAAGCAGAAAGGACCCAGCGGUCACAGCAGGAGGAGAUGCUUGUUGGAAUGCAGGAAACUCUGAAAAGUUUAGAAGAAGAAGCAAAAGAUCUAAAGUCUCAAAUGGAGCAGGCACAGACAACAUUGAAAAUAUAUGAUAUCAACAGUGAGAGACUACAGGCAAACCUGCAGGCAGCAAAAGAAGAGAAUGCUCUUCUGCAGGAGAGUGAAGGCCAGCUUGUGCAGGAAGCCGAGGGCUGGGGGGAACGUCUGAGUGAGCUUGAGGAGGAAAUGAAGAUGUGCGAGAGCUCCCACAGGGACAUGGUUGAAGACUGCGCCAACAAAGACGAGCGCAUCAAGUCUCUCACAGACUGCCUGCUGAAAAUGAGGGACUGGGACUCAGAAGUGGAAGAUGAAGCCAAUGGGGAGGAAAACGCUGGAAUCGGCUCUGCAGAGAAUGGAGGCAGCACAGAUAACCAUCAGAAGCAGAAGGUGCAGAGGCUAAUUUAUGCAGCAAAGAUGAGUGCGGACUUGAAGUCAAUGGAGGAAGAGAAGAACCGGGUGUUUGCCAGAUGGAAUGAUGAAGUUAAAGCUAAAGAGGACCUCCAAGAUGGUAUUGAGAAGCUUCAGAAUGAGAAGGACUCCCUGCAGUCAGAAAGUGCCAUGUACACCUGUGAAACUCAGAAACUCCAGCAGAAACUGCAGAUCAUGACUGAGAUGUACCAGGAGAACGAGCUGAAACUGCACAGGAUGCUGACGGUGGAAGAGAGAGAGCGUUUGCAGAAGGAGGAGAAGCUAACAAAGGCAGACAAGAAGAUAAACCUUGCGACAGAGGAGCUCAGCAACUACAGACAAAGGUCCAAAGAGCUUGAGGAAGAACUGGAGAAAACAAAUAUGGCCUACAAAACUCAGAUUGAAUCUCAUGAAAAGAAGGCGCACGAUAACUGGCUGGCAGCACGAGCUGCAGACCGUGACUUGACGCACAUCAAGCGAGAGAACGCUAACCUCAGGCAGAAGUUGACAGAUGCCCAGUUUAAGCUGGAGGUGGUGGAGAAAGAUCCCUAUGUCCUAGAAUGUCCUGGAAGACCUCUGUUCAGAGGCGAGAGAUCCCCAUUUGGUCCAUCUCCUUUGGGAAGGCCUUCAUCUGAAAACAGAGCUUUUCUGUCCCCACCCACUCUGAUGGAUGGGCCACUACGCCUCUCCCCUCCAUUUCCCCCAGGACCUGGGGGCAGAGCAUCGAGAGGUCCAGAGUACCCUGUCGUGAGUGAAGGGGUGGACUCUGAACGGAGUGGUGGCCCACACUCCGACAGUGGUUCGCUGUCCCCUACCUGGGAGAGAGACCGCAGGGGUCCCUUGCCUCCUCCAGGGUACCCAUACCCAGACCCCAGCCUUCCCUACCGCAGGCCACCCCCUGGGGUCUUCCCUAUGGGCCCGAUCCCACCCAGAGGGCCCAGUCCACUGGAUGCCCACAGUUUCACCUCCCACCUCUCAGACAAAUCGGCAGACUCAUCGUAUCUGGGCCACACCUCAGACUCUCUGGGGGUUGGGGAGAAUGAGAGCAGAGAUAGCAUCUUGUCACUGUCCGGAGAGUUGAGGCCACCCCCAGACCCAGAUGUGAGAAUGGGACCAGGGUUUGGCCCACCAAUGAUGGGACCACCCCCUCCACUCGAACCCAGGGAUCACUUCCCACGAAGAGGCCCAUACGGUCCCCCUGACUUCUUCCCCCCUCGAGGCCCUGGAGGACCCCCCAUGGGCAUGCGAAGGCUGCCUCCACCAGGAAUGUUUCCCCGAUUUCCCCCUCCCACCCAGCAUAUGGGGUACCCUCCUGCAAGACUCCCACCUGACAGUCUCCCAGGGCCUCCCCCAAGGCCCUCCCCACCAGGCAGCGAGCAACCUCCCGAGCAUCCCCCUGAGCCCCAAGAUGUCAUCUGAGCUACCUGCCGCGUCACUUCCUGUUUGUGCCGAUGGUUUUUGUGCUGAGGCAGCCCCUGCGGUCGAAUGUGGCUUCCUCUGAUGAAGGUCACGUGAUGCCUUCCUAAGUGGCAGCAGUGUACACAGUGUCUGCAUGCACCUGUUACUGCUGCUGUUCACUGCUAACGUUAGGGCAGUGUUCAGAGGCUUUCCACGAUUCGCAUCGUCCAUCCAGCGAGACGGAAUCUCUCCCCAGUAUUAAAAAUAAAUUAAUAAAUAAAACUGCUUUUGAGCUUUUAGAUCAGAGGUGGGCAACGAGGGCCAUAUCAGUUUCUGGUUUUCAUGCUUACUUCUUGCCUAACAUUUACGCCAUCUGACAUUUUUAGAUACAUUUCUUGAUAAGCGCAUAAAUGGCUGCCAAAGACUGUUUUAGUGUUCCUAUAUGAAACGUUUUAUUGUGAUCUAAGCUAUGAGUGAGCCAGUGUUGAUGUAUACAGCCAAAUAGCUCAUUUAGCCAGGGUAAUUGGUGGAAACUAAAACUUAAAUACACACCAGCCCUCCAGGACAAGAAUUGCCCUCCCAUUUUAGAUUCUCAUUAAGGUACAAUUCAUUUUCACUAUUCAAUUGUGUAACCUAUAACCUUCAUUCUGCAGAGUAUCAGUGUACUGAGAAUUACAGUGGAGAUCAGUAGAUUAGAUCAUGUGGUGUUAACUCCUUUAAUAUAGGGAGAACGGAGCCAAUAGUCAUGGUUUUUUUUUUUUUUUUUUUGGUUUUUUUAAGAUGAGAUGAAUAUGAAUGUCAACAGAUUGGGUUGCUUGUAAAGUAAGAGAUUUACAUUUUCUUACUCAAAUCUCUGAAAUGUAUAUACGGACACUGUGUUAAUAUUGUGAAUGAAGAAAUGUAAAUACAAAUUAUUGCUAUGCACGUUUGUUUGUUUUCAAAAGGAACAGUGCUGUCCAGCCCAUUGUCCUUUGAAUGGAUUUAAUCAAGGAUUGCUUGUUUUCUUAGUUAAGCCACAUUGUUUGGUGCAUGCAGACAUGAAAAUGUGUUUUUCAUUAGUUCCAAGCAAACCACAAACUGGGAGGAUUGAAUCAGUCCAAUUUCCCGAGAUCCCAAUGCACAGAGAAUGAAUUUUAAAUACAUUGUGUGCAUUAAGAACCGUCCAUAUUGUCCUCAUAAUCCUGGGGUUUGAUUAAUUCCACACUAGUGAUUGAACAGGUAUGACAUUCAGUUGGUAGUGGCUUCCUAUUGUGUAAAGAACAAAUAAAAACAUUUUUGUGUGUAAUA